AAGCACGAGAGUGGCAAACCCAGAGAAAAAAAUGGAGUCUCGAUCAGAUUGGUCUCCGAGGGAGACGGUGAUCGUCGUAAUGGAUGCGAACAAGAACAAGGUGGGCAUGGAUGCUCUAGACUGGGCGCUUAAGCACGUCGUCCACCCCAGAGACACCGUGGUGGUGCUCGGAGUGCUCUAUGAAAUUGAGAAGAAGAGCACUUCCUGCUUUCCUCUCAACAUGGGGAUUAGCAUUAAUGCAAUAUACGUCGCCACCUUGACACCGUCUAGAGCUUCAAGGCCUGAAAGUCCUGUGGGAAAUCGACCUGAAAAUCGUCAAAGUGAAGAGCCAGAUGCUCCACAGGAAGGGAAUUCAUCGUUACUAUCGCCACCUCCACAAAGCCCUCGUCGGUAUCCAUUGCAAUGGAGAAACGGUUUUCCUCGAGAGUUUUCUCUUGCUGAAUUUGAAGAGAUUACGAAUGGUUUUGCUGAUGAGAAUUUUGUAGGAGAACAAGAAAACUUCAAAGUUUGUGAAGGGAUAUUCAUGGAAACACCUGUUUUAGUCAAAUCUUUCUUGGAAAAUGAUGAAAGAUUCUGGUCAUUGCUUAAGAUCCUUCUGCGAGUACGCCAUAGGAAUAUCAUGAACCUUGUUGGGUACUGCUUCACAGGCACAAGCAGAUUCUUAAUAUUUGAUUAUCCAUAUCUAGGCACUCUUGAAUUAAUCUUACAAAAUGAUAACAUGGCCAGCAACUUGCCGUGGAAAGCAAGGUGGUAUACUGCUCUGGAAGUAGGUGGAAGCUUGAGGUGUCUUCAUGAGGAGUGCCCUGAUGGCCCAAUUGCUCAUCUCUCUGUCAGUUCCUCCAAUAUUGUUUUCUCCCAUGGCUGCUCUGCCAUGCUAUCCCAUUUUCAGACGGCUAUGCGGCUCAAUGAUGAGACUUCCUGUAAUGGACAUUCAACAAUAGGAUAUCCAGAUACAGAGGAGGAUGAGUCCCUUUCUGUUGAUGUACAUGAUUAUGGAAUGUUCCUUGUGGAACUUAUAAACGGAAAAGGCUCUUGCUGUUUUCCAUAUGAAAGAAAUUGUCAAACCCUGAUACAGUGGGCACUGCCACUUCUGAAAAAUGGUUCACUCACUGAAGUAAUGUAUCCGAGACUGUCAGAUCCUAGCGAUACUCAAGCAGUUCAUCAUAUGGCUCAAGCUGCUUUGCUCUGUCUAAAUGAUGAUUCAAGUCACAGAUUUACCAUGAGUGAGGUCUUAGCAGUGGUUCGAGGCGAUCAGCUUCCAAUGUCCAGUUAUUGAGUUCUUACAGUGUCUCUGAAUCCUUACUGUUAAUUUUAAAAAAAUAAAAAGAUGUUUAUUCA